AGAGCCCAGUUAGGUACAUUCAUCCAAUAAGCUUUUCCCCAGCGCUUCCUACCGUAACUGCUCUAGGUGCAGGAAACAAUGUAGGCAGCAGGACAGGAAUGGGCCGUCAGCUCCCCCUAGAGCUCAGUGUACACCCUUCCUUUCCUGGGAGGGCUGUUCCAGGCCCCCAGGAGACAGGACACGCUGAGCUGGGUGGGGCUGGUGCCAACAUGUGGGCAGGCCUGUGAGACACUCUGCAUUUGGGGGCUGUGGUCUGGGGAAUAGCCAUGUCUGGAAGCAGCCUCUCUCCCUGCAAGAGCUCCCGACCCCAGCCACGGAGAGUUAAGGAAGAGCCAGGCCAGGGCGUGCACAGGCAAUCCCCGACAUCCGUGGGUGUCCAGCCCUACCCUGGGUGUGGAGGUCGUGGCCCAGCUGCCUGACCCAGAGCUUGGCUCUUCCACUUGCACCUGCCACCCCCGGCUUCACAGGGUCACCGCUAGGAACUCAGUCUUGUUGUGUGUUGUUUUCUGGAGAAGAAAGGUGAUCUCCCAACUCCCGGGGCUGUCCGCCUCCCCUGCAGCUGGGCAGGAGCCAGAGGCCCCCCAUCUGUGACAUGUGGCUUUCCUCCCACCACACUCGCCUGAGAGCCAGCAUCUGUCUUCUUGGGAUUGCUCAAGCUCUCCUCCGUGUCAGCCCCUCCUCCAUGCCCUUCUCCCUCAGACCCCAGCCCCCCAUCCCUUUCCCGCGCACUGGGGUUCAUCGCUCAGGCUGCAGCAGGGAACUGGAAGGACGUCCUCCAGGGGUCUGGCUAGCGCUGGGUGUCCGAGUCAGUUGAGCGCCGCCCACCAGUCUCCCCGAGGCAGUCACGGGGGUGCUGGCGCCUGGACGAUGUCUCAUCCCGGGGAGCCGUUUUCCCACCGGCUCCCUGGGCUCCAGCCGCCCCACGUGAGCCCCGUUUGCUUCUGGGGCCAGGAUCGCCCCUCUUCCAAGGCAGGCUUCCCUUCCUUCCAUGCCAAGGACUAGCAACCACGUUUCCCUGGGCCUCUAGCCCGUGAGAUCGCCGGGUGUAUCCCGACUCCCGCCGGGACGUGCGCUCCUCCAGGGCAGGGCCUGCCUGUCCCCUUCCGCGGGUCGCCAGCAGCCAGCACAGGCCACAGACAGCGGUCCGCAGAGCGGACCAACGGAGCCGACCCUCGCAGGCUUGGAGCGGGACAGGGCGGGGCAGAGCCCGCGAGGCUGCCGCUCGCCGGAACCCGCGGGAGGGCAGCCGGGCCGGGCCGAGCGCACCGCAAGACGGACCGACCGCGCGGGCUCUGCCGGCCACUUCCGGUGUCGCGCGGAGGCUCCGGGCAGGAAGGGGAGAGCACACCGCCAGCUCCGGGCCAGGCUGCGAAGGCCGCGGACCCGAGCCGGGAAGGACCUUGGGAGGACGACCCUGAGCCGCGCGUCCGGCAGCCAUGGAGCAGGACGACCCGGCCGAGGCGCUGACGGAGCUACGCGAGCGGCGGCUGGGCGCGCUGGAGCUGCUGCAGGCUGCGGCCGGCUCGGGCUUGGCGGCCUACGCGGUGUGGGCGCUGCUGCUCCAGCCCGGCUUCCGGCGCGUGCCGCUGCGCCUGCAGGUGCCCUACGUUGGCGCGAGCGCGCGGCAGGUGGAGCACGUGUUGUCGCUGCUGCGAGGCCGCCCCGGAAAAACGGUGGAUCUGGGCUCUGGCGACGGCAGGAUCGUGCUGGCGGCCCACAGGUGCGGCCUCCGUCCGGCCGUGGGCUACGAGCUGAACCCGUGGCUGGUGGCGCUGGCGCGGCUGCAUGCCUGGAGGGCCGGGUGUGCCGGCAGCGUCUGCUAUCGUCGCAAGGAUCUCUGGAAGGUGAGCCUGAGGGACUGCCGCAACGUGUCUGUGUUCCUGGCCCCUAGCGUGCUCCCACUGCUGGAGGACAAGCUGAAAGCAGAGCUGCCUGCCGGGGCCCGCGUGGUGUCUGGGCGCUUCCCCCUCCCCACCUGGCAGCCUGUGGCCAUGGCUGGCGAGGGCCUGGACCGAGUCUGGGCCUACGAUGUUCCUGGGGGUGGGUAGGCUGGGGAAGUCGUCUCCUCGGGGAGACCCAUCCAGGCUGCCCCCCGACCUAGUUCUGCCUCCGUCCUGGGGGCCCCUGUUUCUCUGGCCAGCUGAGUGUUCAAAUAUGAUAAAGACUCUGUGGGUUCUA